AGGCUGGCCUCGAACUUGCAAUCCUACUGCCUCUGCCUCCUGAGUUGCUGGGAUGACAGGAAAAGUGCAGCAUUGACUUGCAGAGCUGACUGUUGAUGGCACAUACUCUUAGAGGAUGCUCUUUGGAACUAAUUUUUUUAACCAUGUGGCUGUUGAUUAAAGCACAAAUUGAUGUGUGCAAGAGAGGAGAUGUGACUGUGAAGCCUUCCCAUGUGAUUUCACGUGGAUCAACUGUCAAUAUUUCAUGUUCUUUGAAACCCAAACAAGACUGUUUACACUCUUCCAGUUUGAACAAAUUGAUCCUCUACAAGAUAAACGAAGUAAUCAGUUUCCACCACGGUCGCUCCUUCAGUUCUCAAAUUACAGAUCUUUCCCUUGGUUCAACCUUGUUUCUUUGCAAACUCGCCUGUGUGGGAAGUAACGAGACUCCAAUAUGUGGGGCAGAGAUCUCUGUUGGUGUUGCUCCAGAGCGGCCUCAAAACUUAACUUGUGUACAGGAGGGAGAACGUGGGACGGUGGCCUGCACCUGGGACCGAGGACAAGACACUCACAUAUACACCAAGUACACUUUACAGUUAAAUGGACCAAAAAAUUUAACAUGGCAGAAGCAAUGCAAUAAUUAUCAUUGUGCUCAUUUGGACCUUGGAAUCAGCCUAACCCCUCAGUUAUCUGAAUCCAACUUCACAGCCACAGUUACUGCCACCAACAGUCUUGGAAGUUCUUCUUCAUUUCCAUCUACAUUCACAUUCCUGGACAUAGUGAGGCCUCUUCCUCCGUGGAACAUCACAAUCAAAUUUCCAAAUGCUUCAGGGAACAGAUGUACCCUUCAAUGGAGAGAUGAGAGAUGGGUGCUACUCAAUCGUCUCAGAUACCGGCCCAGUCACAGCAGGUCCUGGAAUAUGGUUACUGUCAUGAAUGCCAGAGGAAGCCAUGACUUGCUGGAUCUGAAACCAUUUACAGAAUAUGAAUUUCAGAUUUCCUCCAAGCUACAUCUUUUUAGAGGCAGCUGGAGUGAGUGGAGCCAAUCAUGGACAGCACACACACCGGAGGAAGAGCCUACGGGGACCUUAGAUGUCUGGUACACGAAACAGCCUGUGGACUACAAUAGACAACGGAUUUCUCUUUUCUGGAAGAAUCUGAGUGUAUCAGAGGCAAGAGGAAAAAUUCUCCACUAUCAGGUGACUUUGCAAGAAGUGACUGGGAAGAAAAUCACACUACAAAACAUCACAGGACAUACCUUCUGGACCUGGGUCAUUCCCCGAACUGGGAUUUGGACUGUAGUUGUGUCUGCAGUCAAUUCAAAAGGCAGUUCCCUGCCCACUCGUAUUAACAUAACGGAUCUGUGUGGCUCAGGAUUGCUGACUCCUCGCCAGAUCUCUGCAAAUUCAGAGGGUGUGGAUGGCAUUGUGGUAACCUGGCAGGCCCCCCGGAAAGCUGCUUCUGCCGUUCAGCACUACGUGGUGGAAUGGAGGGCGCUGCAUCCUGUGGGCAGCACACAACCCCCUCCAAGCUGGCUGUGGGUGCCCCCCUACAAUAUGUCUGCUCUGAUUUCAGAGAACAUAAAGCCCCAUGUCUGUUAUGAGAUCCGAGUGCAUGCCCUGUCCAGGGAUCAAGGAGGAUGCGGCUCCAUCUGGGGUGACACCAAGUACAAAGCACCACUGAGAGGCCCCCACAUCAAUGCCAUCACAGAGGAAAAGGGAAGUAUUUUAAUUUCAUGGAACCACAUUCCAGUCCAGGAGCAAAUGGGCUGCAUCCUCCACUACAGGAUAUACUGGAAGGAAAGGGACGCAGGCUCCAAGCCAGGGUUCUGUGAAAUUCCUUACAGCCUCUCCCAAAAUUCAUAUCCAAUAAACAGCCUACAGCCCAGAGUGACAUAUAUCCUGUGGAUGACCGCUCUGACAGCAGCUGGUGAAAGUCCCCAAGGAAAUGAAAGGGAAUUUUCUCCACAAGGUAAAGCCAAUUGGAACACAUUUGUGGCACCAAGCAUUGGCAUUGCCAUCAUCAUGGUGGGCAUUUUCUCAAUACGUUACUUCCGGCAAAAGGCAUUUGUUCUCCUUUCAUUACUCAGACCUCAGUGGUGUAGCAGAGAAAUUCCAGACCCAGCAAAUAGCACUUGGGCCAAGAAAUAUCCCAUCAUGGAGGAGAAGACACAACUACCUUUGGACAGGCUCCAGAUAUCCUGGUCCACUCUGGAAGAACCUGAGCCCCUGGUCAUCAGUGAAGUUCUUCAUCAAAUGACUCCAGUCUUCAGAAACCCCCAUUUUCUCAACUGGUCAGUAAAGGGACAAGGAGUCCAAGGUCACUUUACCUCUAAGGAAGGAGUCCAAGGUCACUUUACCUCUAAGGAAGACACAGUGUUCAGUGCCUCCAGCCCUUCAACUUCCAGAGCUCUCAAAGCUGAGACAAGACAACUAGUAGAUUUGUAUAAGGUGCUGGGGACCAGGGACCCUGACUCAAAGGGGCAAAAAACAACCAGCCCUUUGACAGUCCUCCCAGGGGACUACCUUCCCAGCCAUGAGGGCUACUUACCCUCCAACAUUGAUGAUCUCCCUUCACAUGAGGUUUCUCCCACUGACCCUUUGGAAGAACUAGAGCCUCAGCACAUCUCACUUUCUGUUUUCAUGUCAAGUCCCCUUCACCCACUCAACUUCUGUGGUGAAAAGCUGACUCUGGAUCGGUUAAAGAUGGGGUGUGACUCCCUUAUUCUUUGAGUGAUAAGGCUUCAAGCAUGAAAAGUUAAUGUCCCCCCCGCCCCAACCAGCACAGUAUGCCCCAUCUACCCAGCCCUUACUCCAGUGGUCGUUAUCCUUGGUAGCAUCAGGUCUGGCUGCAGUUAAAGGGCGGAUCUGCCAGCUUUCUUCAAAGUCUUAAGAUUUCAUCUUUCACCAUGUGGACCUAAAGACGCCAACCUGAGUUCCUGACAACUGUCUUGACUAUGCUAACCAGAAAAGAAAAAGGGGAGGAGAGUGGAAACAAAACUCUCAGUAGUAAUUUGAGUCCAAAGGAUCAUUCAUGCAACUACUAUUUAUAAAGCACCUGCCAAGCCUUAGCCUCUAGAUCACUAGUGUCCAACAUAACUUUGAGAUGGAAUGUUUUUUGCCUACACUGUCCAAUACAGUAUACACCAGCUACACUGACUAGUAACCAUUUGGACUGUGUCUAGUGUGACUUAAGAACUAAAUUUGAUUGUAAUUAAACAAUCACGUGGCUAGUGGCUACUGCAUUACAUCGUACAACUCUAGAUAAUGGAUAUAUUAAUGAGAAUUACAAGCCUUCAAAACAAGUCAACCUAGUUUUAUGGAUGAGGACAUAAAAAAUUACUGGUAAACACCAAUAUAAAAUGGCCUCCAAAAUGUUCAGAACUAUCAUUUGUUAUUCCCAAUUUUACUAGCUCUGCUUGUUUAUUUUACCUGUGCCCUCUUCAGUUAAUCAAGAGCAGCAUGAUGGUGGAGAGCUACUUAAACCCACCAUGGGACCUUAGGUAAGCCAGCCUCUGUAUCUCUUGUAAAGGGCUCUGACCUCUGGUUUCUUUCUGCUGCAGCUGGUACUGCCUUCAGGACCAAGGCUAUCUCUGGUUCUAAGACCUCAACCUCCAGUGUUCCACUUAAAAGUUUGUCCCCCUUCUCUGAAGGCACUCAUUCUCUGAGAAGAACGAGUUGGUCCUGUUACAGCCCAAGUUGGGCCUGGAAGACAAUUCUCUUUCCCACAUAUGAGCUUGGAACAUGCUACAUGUUUUGCCUCUGUGGCCUCUGGCUUACCACCGUCCCCUGGUCAUUGAUGCUUCUAUAUCUUCACUGUAGGCUUUUCUGCUAAGCUGGUGGGUAAGAGUCAUAAUCAAACCUUUUCCCAAAGUAUAGCAUGAAAAGUCCAAGAACCUUUUUCGUGAAUUCCCAGCAAGCCUGGGCCUAGGCUUCAUCCCCUCCCAAUGACUAAUACAGGAGCUGAGAGAGAUUCUCCAUUAUCCUUUAUAUCUUCAUUUAAUGAAUGAAAGUAUUUGUUGCAAAUUUAUACUCUUCCCUAACCUACCAAACUAGAAACUUGUCCACUCACAGCCCAGUCCUGUAAAUAACAGUUCUCAUUUAGUUUACCAAACUUCCCUCAGAGCUCUAGAAAUUGAAGCCAUGAACAGUUGCUGUUUGGUCGUGUUGGAACAUCCUAAUUCCUGCUAUUCCAGACUUCACAUAAGUUCCUUCCUUUGCUUUUCUAUUUAGCUACAGUGCAGCAAUCCCACACCAUGGUUCCUUGUAUUUCAGCAGCAGCUUUGGCUGGUGUGCACUAGCACUUAAUGCCCUUGACUGAUUUUGCCAUGGGACAUGACAGAUAAGGCCACUUCCUCAGAAGCACCCAACUCAUUACCUCUUGGCAAUGAAGCAAAUCUUACUGCUUUCUUGCAAUGUCUAUCUCCCAGCCCCAUCUUCUGUUCUUUUGUUUUCUUAGUAACUUAUCACCUUUUCUCUCAAUCCUUUCCGUUCUCUUAAAGCCUCAGGUGAUACUGCAGCACUCAUUUGUCUUUAGGGAGCUUCUUUGACUCCUAAAACCUUCUAAGUAGGUUGAGGCCUCCUCACUGCUUCCCUAUCAUGAUUUCCUUACCACUUACCUCCUCUACUGCAAACAAUUUGAAAGCAGGAGCCAUGGCAGGGUCUCCCUAGCACCAUGCCUGGUCCAUAAUAGGUUAUAGUAAAAAUAACUGUCAACCUGCCCCACUUUUGUCUUAGUCCUUCUGUUCUAGAAACCAGCAGCUGUACCUUGUUUGCUCUUGGGGCAAUUCAGUUAGAAUUUGUUCUGCUUCAUUUCCAGCCUUCAUUCUACCUCACUUUUCAUUGACAGCACUGCUUUGAUACAUGUGGGUGUUUCCUAUUUUAAAGACAUUAAGAUGUCUUUGGCAGCCUCACUUUCCCAGAUAAAAUGUCCUCUAUACAUGAAUGUCAGAGGAUGGGUAACCUUGUUAUGCUGUUGCAAGUGGUUUUCACAACCUGCUCUUCCUCCCCUUUCCUCCCCGUUAAAACUCCAGAUGAGGAUGCCAGAUUUAUCAGGACUAGGUGAAACUAGGCUUUAAUUUCUCACAAAAAUUAGCAAUGAUCUUAAAUUCCAAUACCAACUCAGAAAUCUCUUCUUUAUUGUAAUCCAAAUUCCAUAAUCCUCUGGGACCUAAAUACUACAAAUAGAGUGCUUAAAGUUUUGUAUUUUUUUGUACCAGGAAUUGAACCCAGGGGCACUUAACCCCCAGCC